AUGCAAUCCUCCGCUAUGAUGCCUACGUUUCCCUGGUCAAAAUCGAAGCAGAGCCAACCCUCGACGUCCUAUUCUUCCCUUAAGCAAGAGGAACAUGAAGCUUCACCCGGCUCCGAUGAUGGCUUGAUCAGUGGUGACUCUGCGAAGCUCAAUCGACAACUACACUUACGGAAGACAUUCAUGGUUUCACUUAUCUUCAAUGGAGCUUUCUUCAUAGCCCUUGUGAUAUUGUAUUCUGGGAAUUUCGUACAUCCACGGCAUAAACGACUGUUGGAAUCACCAGUCCCUCAAUUUCCCACUGAGAUCAGAACAUUCGAGCUUGACCCUCUCUACCUGUCUCUCCCUACAAACGAAAGUAACUUGGCUUGGGAGAACCUGACUGGUCCCAACGGCCGCGGGUUCAUUAACCUAGACCCUGACAAUGGGUUUGGCUACCCUGAUACGAAAGCCGGGCUUUCCGUAUUUCACCAACUCCACUGUCUGGCGGCUCUGAGGCACCUUAUGUGGGACCUGGUAGAAGGCAGAGUUGACACAGAAAAGUAUUUGCAAAUGUGGCCAAGUGAUGAAAAUGCACCGACCUAUAAUGAAGCCAUCCAUGGUCCCUGGCACUUUGCCCACUGUUUUGACUAUCUUCGGCAAGGCGUGAUGUGCUCAGCAGAUCUUUCUCUGGAGUUCCUGGCAAAGACCCCUGCUUUGUCAGUUGUUGAUGGGCUAAAAUAUCCACACGAAUGCAAGAACUGGGAUGCAAUUUGGAAGUACGCUGAGAAAUAUGCUUGA